UUCACACUAUUGACAACUAUUUAAUUUCAACACAAUUACUUUGAAUAUGCAUAAAAAUUACUCAGCUGUGUCCAAAAUGUCUCUUAAUUUUAUAGUUUUGAAGUCUCAACGAAAUCUCAACUAUCCUCUUAACUCUCCUCCUCGUGUUUUUCACCGGGGAGUUUUACGGCAUGACGCGUCACGUCUGGGAGGCAGGGAGGCCGGCUCUCUUCAGUUAGCUCUUUGCAGGACGAGAGGGCGGCGGACGGAGGUCCGGGACCAACCGGAGCUUUUGUGACCAUGAGGACGACCCAGAAACGAGUGUGCGUCUUUCUACCAAACGAGCAGAACCUGGACUGUGCCGUCAGGGCGACAGCCAGAGGCCGCGAGGUGCUGAACUUGGUGUUGAGGCAGCUUGGCGUCAGUGACCUCCAAGUCUUUGGUCUGGCUGUCCUCAGAGACAAUGAAUACCUCUUUCUCGAUAUGCAACGAAAGCUGAGCAAGUAUUUUGGCAAUCUAUGGAACAGAGGAUCCUUGAUGGUCCCGUUCAUCUUAUUUCUGAGAGUGCAGCAUUACGUAGAGAGUGGUCGGCUGAUAUUGAGCAGCACGGUGCAGCAGCUCUACUUGGCUGAGCUGAGGCGGAAGGUGCUGCGCUCAGAGAGCCACCACCAGGAGGUUUUGUUCUUCCAGCUGGCGGCUUGUGCGCUGCAGGCCGAAGUCGGAGAUCUGGAGCACAGAGCGGAUGAGGAUGAGGAUGAUGAUGAUGAUGAUGAUGAUGAAGUGGAGGGAAAAGAGAAAAGACACAGACAAUACUUUCUUCCUGAAGAUUACUUCCCUCCCUGGCUGAUAAAGCGCCGUGGGCGGGACUUCCUGCUGCAGCACGGCCCGGCUUUACACGUUGAGCUGAGAGGUGUGACUCGUAACCAAGCCGUGCUGCAAUUUAUAAAGGAGGUCAGCAACCUGCAGGAUGGACCGGUCACCUUCUACAGGAUGAAACAGGAUAAAAAAGAGCUGAGAAGGUGCAUCCUUCUGGGUGUGACAUUGAAAGGAGUUCAUAUUUAUCAGGAUUUGGAAGGGAAGCUGUGCUUACUGUAUGACUUUUCCUGGGCUGACAUCGACCGCCUGACUUUCCAGGGCAGUAGGUUUGAAAUCGCCGCAGUGGGCUCUCUGUGCCUCCCGAAGCUGGUUUAUUACACGCCUUCGGCCUUCCACUCCGAACACGUCAUGAGGCACCUUAGCGACAGUCACCGGCUGCACAUCAACACCAGAGGAGUGGUCCGCUGCAUCCAACAGAUGGACGACAUGCAGGCCAGUCACUCCUACAGAGAGGCCUACAUUUGUGACACGACGCGUUUAGCACACAGACUGCGGAGCAACAGCCCGACGUCGUCCGUGUCCGACUGGAGCGCGGCACCCGAAAUCGUCACGGCCCGGUCCAGACAGGAGGAAGAUGAGGUCACAGAGUUUGAGCUUUGUGUGGACGAACCAGUGGAGUCCUUUGUCGACAACCCAGCUGAUUUGGCGUGGCUGACUGAGCUCUCAGUCGAUGAACCUGUGGGGUUACCUUCUUCUUAUUGGGCAGCUGUCGCCGUGGAAAUGAAACAGGUUGUGCAGGGGAGAGCUGAUGAAGGGGUUCCUGUCGACUAACGCACAGCCAUUGGCAAAGGGGAGUCAUUACAAGCUCAGGAUAAGAUCCCGAAUCGAGAUUUAUAAUAAAGAAUUGUUAACUCUUAUUCUCAAAGUAGUUUGGGGGUAAAACUAAAUAACAUGCUCUUGAAAUAAUGGGAAUAGGAAAAUUUAAGAAUUUGCAAAUGUCAUGCCUCAAGUCUCUGAAAUAUAUAUACAUUUCUGGAAAAAUUAUUUAUAGAAACAAUAAAAUAAGAGUAUCAAUUAUGUAAAUAAUGAAUUCAAAUAAAUAUGUUUUUGUUAAAGCAUGACAAUAUUGUGGUGUGUUCAGUACAGUAACAUACACGUACAUAGGUCGAUAAUAAUAU